AUACCGGAAACGCUGCUGCUCAUGUGUGUUAGCUUGACGCUAAAGCAGGAAGUGACCACUUCGGGAGAUUAACUUACCUUUUCCUACAUCUUUCAGUCAGAAGCAGCAGUUUGUGACACGUCACUUCAAACAUGACCAAGCACGAGUUUCAGGUGGAGAUGACGUGUGAAGGAUGUUCAGGAGCCAUUUCCAGAAUCCUCAGCAAACAGGAAGGCAUGAAGUUUGAGAUCGACCUGCCGAAGAACCUAGUUUGGGUCGAGUCCGACAAAGACUCGGACUUUCUCUUGGAAGUGCUGAAGAAAAGUGGGAAGAAAGUCACGUACAACGGCACCAAAUGAGCGGAAUCUUGCUCCACUCAUGUAGAACAGGAAAGUUCUUUAUUGGUCAGGAGAAGGAGGAGUCUGACGCAUCACCUCCCUCCUUCAAAUCUCCUGAAGCUGACACGCACAAAAAUCUUCCCUGAAUGCAGAUCAUCCUACAUUGUUGUCAUUUUCAUGUUUUAUAUUUUGAAAAGAGAAAAAACCUGAAGGUCUAAAGCUUUUUUGAUUUCUUUUAACUCAGCUGAAACGCAUAAAUUUUGCUGUACGACACUACAUGGAUAUGUCUAAACGUUAAUUCAGUAUUACUGCAUUUUCCAUUGAAGUUAACGCCAUCGUUGAUUAUCAUCAAUAUUAUUAUACUCUUGAUUCUGCACCAGGGAAAACUCAAAACUCAUAAACUGAUGAUCAGAUUAGUAUUUUCACAUGUGAUUUUAUUUUUGAAAACCAUUUUUUCUUUUUAAAGAGCCACAAUUCCGACUGAAAUCUCAGAUUAAAGACGGAUUUCUGAGUUCUUUCCUCAGAAUUUUGAGAUUAAACUCUGACUUUAAUCUCAGAAUUCUGACUUUUCUUCCUCUGAAUUCUGAUUUAAAUCUCAGACUUCUGGCUUUCUUGUUCUAAUUUUGUUUCAAAAAAUAAAAGAUAUUCUCAUAUGACUCUAA